AUGACCGCGCUGCUGCUGCUGGCGCGGACCACCACCGGAGCCACUCCUCUGCGUAGACCCGCGACCAGCUCCACCGCCACCCCCGCCGCCUCCGCCGCAUCCGCCGCCUCCACUACUACCGCCGCCUUUGCCGCCUCCUCCACCGCCACCACCUCUACCGCCUCCGCUCCCACCGCCACCGCCGCCGCCGCCUCCGCCUCCACUGCCGCCACCAACACCUCCACCCCCACCUCCACUCCCACCGCCACCCCCACUCCCCCCGCCGCCUCCACCUCCACCUCCACCGCCCCCGCUCGCUCCUCCAGUGCCCCUGCCCCCCUUGCCUCUGCCAGAGCGGCGUCUCCCGCUAGGGGCAGACGCCGCACCGACCGACUCAAGACCAAGGAGCACUCGUCUCUUUGUCGCGUGAUUGACAUGGAUCACGGUGAAAAUAGGAAGCGCACCACCGACGAGCCAGAGGGCGAACGCAUCUACGAGACAGAUUUGUGCCGCACGUUCGAGGUCAUGCCAAAGGAGCUGCUCGUCUCUCAGCUCAUUGAGGCGUGCUUCAAAAACGGGUUCACUCAGAGAGCGUUGACCACUAUGGACACCAACGUAUCCAACCGCACGCUUCUUGUGUCUGGCUUUCCUGGCGUGGGCCUGUUGCGGGUGUUGCAGUGGCGUGGGCCUGUUGUGGGUGUUGCAGUGGCGUGGGCCUGUUGUGGGUGUUGCAGUGGCGUGGGCCUGUUGUGGGUGUUGCAGUGGCGUGGGCCUGUUGUGGGGGCUGCAGUGGCGUGGGCCUGUUGUGGGGGCUGCAGUGGCGUGGGCCUGCUGUGGGGGCUGCAGUGGCGUGGGCCUGCUGUGGGGGCUGCAGUGGCGUGGGCCUGCUGUGGGGGCUGCAGUGGCGUGGGCCUGCUGUGGGGGCUGCAGUGGCGUGGGCCUGCUGUGGGGGCUGCAGUGGCGUGGGCCUGCUGUGGGGGCUGCAGUGGCGUGGGCCUGCUGUGGGGGCUGCAGUGGCGUGGGCCUGCUGUGGGGGCUGCAGUGGCGUGGGCCUGCUGUGGGGGCUGCAGUGGCGUGGGCCUGCUGUGGGGGCUGCAGUGGCGUGGGCCUGCUGUGGGGGCUGCAGUGGCGUGGGCCUGCUGUGGGGGCUGCAGUGGCGUGGGCCUGCUGUGGGGGCUGCAGUGGCGUGGGCCUGCUGUGGGGGCUGCAGUGGCGUGGGCCUGCUGUGGGGGCUGCAGUGGCGUGGGCCUGCUGUGGGGGCUGCAGUGGCGUGGGCCUGCUGUGGGGGCUGCAGUGGCGUGGGCCUGCUGUGGGGGCUGCAGUGGCGUGGGCCUGCUGUGGGGGCUGCAGUGGCGUGGGCCUGCUGUGGGGGCUGCAGUGGCGUGGGCCUGCUGUGGGGGCUGCAGUGGCGUGGGCCUGCUGUGGGAGCUGCAGUGGCGUGGGCCUGCUGUGGGGGCUGCAGUGGCGUGGGCCUGCUGUGGGGGCUGCAGUGGCGUGGGCCUGCUGUGGGGGCUGCAGUGGCGUGGGCCUGCUGUGGGGGCUGCAGUGGCGUGGGCCUGCUGUGGGGGCUGCAGUGGCGUGGGCCUGCUGUGGGGGCUGCAGUGGCGUGGGCCUGCUGUGGGGGCUGCAGUGGCGUGGGCCUGCUGUGGGGGCUGCAGUGGCGUGGGCCUGCUGUGGGGGCUGCAGUGGCGUGGGCCUGCUGUGGGGGCUGCAGUGGCGUGGGCCUGCUGUGGGGGCUGCAGUGGCGUGGGCCUGCUGUGGGGGCUGCAGUGGCGUGGGCCUGCUGUGGGGGCUGCAGUGGCGUGGGCCUGCUGUGGGGGCUGCAGUGGCGUGGGCCUGCUGUGGGGGCUGCAGUGGCGUGGGCCUGCUGUGGGGGCUGCAGUGGCGUGGGCCUGCUGUGGGGGCUGCAGUGGCGUGGGCCUGCUGUGGGGGCUGCAGUGGCGUGGGCCUGCUGUGGGGGCUGCAGUGGCGUGGGCCUGCUGUGGGGGCUGCAGUGGCGUGGGCCUGCUGUGGGGGCUGCAGUGGCGUGGGCCUGCUAUGGGGGCUGCAGUGGCGUGGGCCUGCUGUGGGGGCUGCAGUGGCGUGGGCCUGCUGUGGGGGCUGCAGUGGCGUGGGCCUGCUGUGGGGGCUGCAGUGGCGUGGGCGUGUUGUAGGGGUAGGGGUUGCCCAUCUGCACCGGUGCUGCUGCCAAGGGUCCUAUGGGACGUUAGCCCCAUCACGAUCAUUUAUCUGCAGUAA